AUGGCACAAUAUCGUCCUUGGUCGAGGUUUAGUAGAGCAAAAGAAGUGGCUCCCAAACGCCCAUAUUCUGAUCUCGAGGCGGAAUUCAGUAUACCAAUUCCUGAACGUGACUCGCCAAUGUUACCUCUGAGUAAGUGCAACACCCCGUCUUCGCAACACACUGAUUCUAUCACUGAACUUCCCCCGGAACUCUUAUGGAAGCAAAGACGGAGUGUGUUGGUGUUGGGCUUGCUCGUCGGUUCGGCCUACAGCAGCUGCCUCGGCGGAGGCUGUGGCGGAGGAUCCUCUGGCGGCAUCAGCCGCUCCUACGGAGGACCAACCAAUAGCUUCGGAGGAGGUGGAUCCUUCGGGGGAGGUUCGUUUGGAAGAGGUUCCGCAGGUGGCAGUGGAGGAGGAAUAAGUACCAGUUAUGUAGGACCAACCAAUAACUUCGGUGGUAGAGGAGGUGGAUCCUUCGGAGGAGGAUCUUUCGGCGGAUCCUUUAGUGGUGGGUCCUCUGGUGGAGUUAGUACAAGUUACAGUGGACCAAGAUCUUUCGGAGGUGGUGGCGGGUCCUCUGGAGGAGUAAGUACAAGUUACAGUGGACCAAGUAAUAGCUUUGGACGAGGAGGAGGAGGCGGCGGAUCCUUCGGAAGUGGCGGGGGAUCCUUUGGCGGAGGCGGCGGUGGUUUCGGCGGAGGAGGAGGAUCCUUCGGCGGGGGAGUGAGCAACACUUACAGUGGCCCAAGCAAUAACUUCGGAGGCUCUGGCGGAGGCGGUGGAGGAGGAUUUGGUGGAGGAUCCUUUGGCGGCGGAGGUGGUGGAUCCUUCGGAGGUUCAGGUGGCGGUGUGUCUGGCGGUUACCUGCCGCCCGUCGGGAAAUAG